UCUAUGGGCCCUGGCUGAGGUGGAGCCCCGAUGCUGGCCCGGAGGAAGCCAGUCCUGCCGGCACUCACCAUCAAUCCCACCAUCGCUGAGGGUCCGUCCCCGACCAGCGACGGCACGUCCGAAGCGAACCUGGUGGACCUGCACAAGAAGCUUGAGGAGCUUGAGUUAGACGAGCAGCAGAGGCGGCGCCUGGAGGCCUUCCUCACCCAGAAGGCCAAGGUCGGCGAGCUCAAGGAGGAUGACUUUGAAAGGAUCUCAGAGCUGGGGGCCGGCAAUGGCGGCGUGGUCACCAAGGUGCGGCACCGGCCCUCGGGGCUUAUCAUGGCCAGGAAGCUGAUCCACCUAGAGAUCAAGCCGGCCACCCGGAACCAGAUCAGCCGUGAGCUGCAGGUGCUGCAUGAGUGCAACUCGCCCUACAUCGUGGGCUUCUACGGGGCCUUCUACAGCGACGGCGAGAUCAGUAUAUGCAUGGAGCACAUGGACGGCGGCUCCCUGGACCAGGUGCUGAAGGAGGCCCAGAGGAUUCUGGAAGAGAUCCUGGGCAAAAUCAGCAUUGCGGUCCUCCGGGGUCUGGCGUAUCUCCGAGAGAAAGACCAAAUCAUGCAUCGAGAAGUAAAGCCCUCCAACAUUCUGGUCAACUUCCGGGACCAGAUCAAGCUGUUCGACUUCGGCGUCAGCGGGCAGCUCAUCGACUCCAUGGCCAACUCCUUCGUGGGCACCCGCUCCUACAUGUCUCCGGAGCGGCUACAGGGCACCCACUACUCGGUGCAGUCGGAUAUCUGGAGCAUGGGCCUGUCCCUGGUGGAGCUGGCCAUCGGCAGGUAUCCCGUUCCCCCACUGGAUGCCAAGGAGCUCGAGGCCACGUUCGGCUGGCCCAUGGUGGACGCGGCGGACACAGAGCCUCACAGCACCUCACCUCGCCCACGGCCCCCAGGACGCCCCGUCAGCGGUCACGGGGUGGACAGCCGGCCAGCCAUGGCCAUCUUCGAACUACUGGACUACAUGGUGAAUGAGCCACCUCCCAAACUGCCCAGUAGCGUGUUCACCGCCGACUUCCAGGAGUUUGUAAAUAAAUGCCUCAUCAAGAACCCGGCAGAACAAGCAGACCUCAAGAUGCUCAUGAACCACACCUUCAUCAAGCGGUCCGAGGUAGAGGAAGUGGACUUUGCUGGCUGGCUUUGUGAGACCCUGCGGCUGAAGCAGCCCAGUACGCCCACGCACUUGGCCGUGUGACCGCUCCAUGGACCUUGGUUUCCUCUGCACCCAGGCCUUGCAACAGGCCCUGGGGAGGGGGGCGCUGCUCGCUGUCUCUGGGACCUGCCUCCUUGGGGUUCGCCAACAACGGAACCUGCA